AUGCAGGCAUCCUCCCUCAAACCGGCGGAAGCUGCUGUUGGUGCUCUACUUGUGGGGGGUGCUGCUGUAGGUUUUGCUGUAGCAGGCGCUGUAGAGGCUGGUAAGGCUAUUGAAGAUGGAAUUGACGAGCAUGAGGCCAAGAAGAAGGCCGAGAAGGGUUCUUAG